AUGUUAUCGCAUCGCAGCUGGCUUAGACGAAAAGAUGAUAAAGUACAAAUCAAUACUUUGGUGUAUGCUAUGGGAGGCAAUACCAAUGAUCUUUUAAAAAGCUUUCAAAUAAGCGAAAGAGAUAUGGUGUACGGAAAUGUUGUAGAACAAUUUGCAUCGCACUUUGUUGGUCGAUCGAACACAAUUUUCGAGCGUGCUCGGUUCAAUAAACGAAUACAGGGUGAAAAAGAAUCAGUCAUCGACUUUGUAGAAGAUUUGUACAAACUGGCAGAAACUUGCCAAUUUGGAACACUAAAAGACGAGUUGAUACGAGACAGAAUUGUCGUCGGUAUACAAAAUGCAAACCUUUCACAAAGGCUAAUGCAAGAUGAUAAAUUAACAUUGGAGAAAGCUAUUAGGGAGAGACAGCGAAAAUGGGCUGAUUGGUCGCGUAAGAACAAAUCAACGAACGGUAAUGAUACGACACAAAAAUCGAAGUUAAAAUGGAAUCAGAAUAGGAGUCCCGAUCAACAUUCGAGAAAGAAAAACCGUCAAUGUUCUCGAUGUGGAAGAUCAACAAUUCACAAAAGAGAGGAUUGUCCAGCGAACAAUAAAACUUGUUUAAAGUGUAAUAAACAAGGGCAUUUUGCAGCGGUAUGCAGAAGUAACUCAAGCGCAAAAAUUCAAUCAGUUGAUGACAAUAGCACGGAUUCCCCAGGAGAUUUUUUUCUUGGGACAAUUAGCGAUAUAGAAAAUGAGCGAAAAUGGGCAAUCGACUUAUUAUUAGGAAAGUCUACAGUGAAAUUUAAGAUUGAUACGGGCGCUGAUGUGACGGUGAUUCCAGAAUCGGGGUUUAUGCAAACAGGCAUAACUCGGAUGCAAUCAACUAAUAAAGAAUUGUUCGGGCCAAAUCAAGCAAAGCUGUCAGUAAAGGGAAAAAUUCGAGCAACAUUGAGAACUGCUACUUCAAAAACAACAGAGCAAGAUAUUUAUAUUGUGAAAAAGUUGAAAGAGCCAUUGUUGGGACGUCCAGCUAUCAAUGCCCUUGAUCUAAUAGCGACAGUCGAAGCGAUUCAGUCAAAUGCUGCAAGUGAUAUGGAAGAAGAAAUAAAGGCUCCUUAUCCAAACUUGUUUAAAGGUCUGGGUGAAUUAGACGGAGAAUACAACAUCAAAUUAAAACCUGGUGCUAUCCCAUUUGCGUUAACCAAACCUAGAAGAAUACCUUUAACGAUGACAAAGAAAGUUCAUGAUGAAUUGACGCGCAUGGAAAAACUUGGCGUUAUUUCAAAGGUUAAUAUUCCUACCGAUUGGUGCGCUGGUAUGGUUGUUGUUCCAAAAGCAGAUGGUAAAAUAAGGAUCUGUGUUGAUUUCACAAAGUUAAAUGAGUGGGUCCUGCGAGAAAUUUAUCCACUUCCGAAGAUGAGAAAGUCUUUUGGCAGAAAUAAGAGGAUCAAAAUAUUUUUCGAAGCUAGAUUAAUGCCUUUCGGUAUUAAAUCUGCACCUGAGCAUUUUCAGAAAAGGAUGAAACAGCUGCUGGAGAAACAAGAUGGUCAAGUAAGCAUAAUUGACGACGUACUUAUUCAUGGAAAGACAAAAAAUGAACACGACAGUAGACUGAAAGCUGUGCUGAAAAAAUUUGACAAUGCUGGAGUAACACUAAAUCCUGAGAAGUGUGAGUUUGCUAAGAAGAUGGUAAAGUUUGCAGGUAAUAUAGUGAGUGAAGAUGGAAUUCAAGUAGACCCAGAAAAGAUUGAAGCAGUACAAGGUAUGGAAGUACCACAAAAUUGGGGAGGUGCUCAACAAAAAGCUUUUGAAGAGAUGAAAACUGAAUUAAGUUCUGUACCAGUUCUAGCCUAUUAUGACCCAACGAAGCGAACUGUCUUGGCAGCCGACGCAUCGUCGUAUGGUAUCGGAGCAGUUCUUUGGCAAUUAAAUAAGAAAGGAGAAAAGAAACCAGUUGCUUAUGCGUCAAGAUCAAUGACAACUACCGAAGAACGAUAUGCUCAGAUUGAAAAGGAAGCAUUGGCAACAACUUGGGCUUGUGAGAAAUUUAAUGAUUAUCUUUUAGGAAUGGAUUUUGUGAUAGAAACUGAUCAUAAACCCUUGGUUCCUCUGCUUGGCUCGAAGAUAUUAGACCAACUUCCUCCAAGAAUACAGAGAUUCAAGAUGAGGCUGAUGAAAUAUUCGUUUACUAUUCGUCACAUACCAGGAAAAGAGUUGGUUGUAGCGGAUGCAUUGUCUCGAGCUCCUAAUAUGAAACAACCUACAAAAUCUGAUAACAAUUUAUCCGAAGAUUUGAACAUUUAUGUUGCACAGAUUGUUCAAAACAUACCAGCUAGUGAGAGAAGGCUAGAAGAAAUUCGCCGACACCAACAAGAAGAUCCGGUUUGUACGAAACUUGUGGAAUUUUGUUCGGAAGGUUGGCCGGACCGAAAUCGAAUUACUAGUACCUUGUUACCUUAUUACUUUGAAAGAGCAACAAUUAAAAUGCAGAAAGGAAUGUUAAUGAAAGACUCCCGCUUGAUAAUUCCAUCAUCGCUACGUUUAGAUAUCCUAGAAAAGAUUCAUGCUGGCCAUCAAGGCAUCCGUAAGUGUCGUGAAAGAGCAAGAGAAUCUGUUUGGUGGCCUGGACUAAGUAAGCACAUUGAAAACAUGGUUACUGAUUGUUCCAUUUGUUGUAAAUACAGAGAAAAUCAUGCAGAGCCGUUACUAACAACGUGUUUUCCUCAACGACCGUGGCAGAAAGUUGCUACAGACUUGUUUGAACAUAGCGGAAAAAAUUAUGUACUUGUAGUAGAUUAUUAUUCUAGAUAUUUUGAAAUUGCUCCUUUGAAAAAAAGCACAACUGCAGAAGAUGUUAUCAAUCAUAUGAAAUCCAUAUUUUCUCGUCAUGGUAUACCAGAAACAGUUGUGACGGAUAAUGGUCCACAGUAUGCUGCAGCUAUUUUUUCCAAAUUUGCUGAAGAAUGGGGAUUUACACAUUUAACAAGUAGUCCUCGCUAUCCUCAAAGUAAUGGAGAAGCAGAAAGAGCUGUAAAAACUGCAAAAAACUUAAUCAUAAAAUCCGAAGAUCCUUAUUCAGGUUUACUUGCAUACAGAUCAUCACCAUUGCAGAACGGGUACUCACCAGCAGAAUUAUUAAUGGGGAGGAAAUUACGUUCUAAUCUACCAGUAAUAUCCGAAAAGUUAACUCAAAAGCUUGCUGAUACGGCAAAAUUGAGAAGAGACGAAGAAAGUUACAAACGACGUCAAGCAGAAAACUUUAAUUGUCGUCACAGAGCUUCAGUCCUUCCAGACUUGAGUCCUGAUGAAAAGGUUUGGGUAAAAGAUAUAAAAUCACCAGCUGUGGUUGUGGGAAAAACCGAUAAACCAAGAUCAUAUAUAGUCAGGACAGAGCAGUCUGUUUUAAGAAGAAAUAGAAAACAUCUUAUCCCUGAUCCCGAAAAUCUAAGGGAAAACAGUGAGUUGAGCGAAAGAAAGCUGAGUUUCAGUGAUAAGAACGAAGUGAACGAAUCUUCAAGUAGUUUGGACAAUGAACAGGAAUCGAAGCCACGUAAAACAGCAGCCGAGCGAAAUACACACGAAAAGGUCGGAGGAACCCACACUGUGAGUAGUUCGAAACGCGACACGCUGGCGGCAACAACACGGAACCUAUUUGGCCCAGGGGAAGGAGCAAAUCAACGAAAUUUAUCAACCCAAGGGCAGCCCUACAACCAAAGUAACGAACAGCACCGAUAA